CCCGCUAUCAGCCGCGAGCUUCCCGAGAAACCAAUCGUCGAAGCAUUUCCACAGCCUUGUUCUACAGGCUUGACUACCCGUAUGUUGCCCUUCAAGAAUAACAAAGGCGAAAUUGAGUGGGUCUUGACUGAUGACGUACAGCCUGGAAGAGAACUUGAUGAAUUCAAAGCAAACCCAGACACAUUCAAGACGGCGCCUCCGCUCUCAAAAACUGUGAAAAAUAGUAAGACCUCUGCGAUCCUUUCCCCCGUGACAUCGAAUUCCUCCAACAAUGAAUCUAUCCCCGAGAAGAAGAACGAUUCAUCCGUGUCACCUCAAAUCAACACGCCUUCCUCUUCUUCCAGCGAGGACCAUAAGGAAGAUAUGAAGGAGGGUGAGGUCGAUAGUGAAAGUGGGCCCCUUGAACAUGAGUGUCCUCACUGUGAUGCUAAAUUUAGAAUGCGCGGCUACUUGACCCGUCACUUGAAGAAACAUAUGCCCCAGAAAGCUUAUCAGUGUCCCUUCCGUGAGAAAUCGUUGUACAAAGACGAGAAUGACAAUAUGCACCAGUGCCACCCUAGCGGUGGGUUCUCCAGGAGGGAUACUUAUAAGACUCAUCUCAAGACCCGUCACUUUAAGUUUCCCUCUGGUACUCCUAUAAAAGGAAGAAGUCAAUCCUCUGGAAACUGUUCCAUGUGUGGUGAAUGGUUUGAAAAUGCCGAAAUCUGGAGUGAGAUCCACGUUGAAGGAGCUGAAUGCAAAUAUUUGCCAGAGGGCUUUCAGGGUAAAUCCAGAAUCAAAAACAAGAUCAAGAAGCAAAUGGCACGUUUAAUGAGGGAAGAAAAGAAAUCGAAGUUGAGAUCAAAAAAGAGCUCCACAUUUGACUACGUCAACCCCUCUCAAUAUGAAUAUGAGGACUCCCCCACUCAGUCUUCUUGCUCGUCAAUGGGACCUCAGCGGUCAGCACACCCGGUAUUCCAUGAUCCAUUUCCACGGGAUACCUCACAACGCUCGUUUUACGCGAACUCGCCGUUAUCGGAUCAAAAUCUCGUAGUACCUCCAUUGACUCAAGCAGAUGACUUUGAUGACGAAUUUUGUCUUGAUACAGAGCAAAUGAGUAUG